CUUUUCUCUCUUCGCACGCUCCGGAAGUCGCGACGAAACCAGAGCGAAACCAACCGUUCCUCUAGCGUUAUCUUUUUGAUCUCCAUCGGAGAGGAGGAAAACCCUAACCCUAACCCUAACCCUAGAUCUGUUUCCCUUCUCUUUCGAUCGUUCUUCUCGUGCUAAUGGCUUCUGGGGGUUCCUCAAGCCGCGCUGGAUCGGGAGGGAGGACGUUUGAUUUCGGAUCCGAUGAUGUUCUUUGCUCCUAUGAUGACUUCGGCCCCCAGGAUCCUCCCAACGGGAGGCGAUCUGAUCCAUCGGCGAAGGACCUUCAUGAGAGCCGAAUGGGCAGGUCAUCCGUCAAUUUCCAUGGCCAAGAGAACCUUGCAAAAGAUGAUGUAAUUUUUGCUGUUGAGAAAUGCAUGAAGAAAUAUGCUGACAAUCUACUUAGGUUUCUUGAGGGAAUCAGUGGUCGACUGUCUCAGUUGGAAGUAUAUUGCUACAAGCUUGAACGUUCAAUAGGUGAAUUUCGAGCUGAUUUGACUCGAGAUCAGAGUGAAUCAGAUCAUAAGCUCAAUGCACUUGAAAAGCAUCUUCAAGAAGUUCACAGGUCUGUGCAAAUUCUGAGGGACAAGCAAGAGCUUGCUGAAACUCAAAAAGAACUUGCUAAACUACAACUCGUACGGAAGGAAUCCUCUAGCCCAAGCUUUUCCAAACGCAACGAAGAGGGAGCCCUGUCAUCUGCCUCAGAAACAAAACAACAUGAUGAUACUGAUAACAUCCCAAAUCAACAGUUAGCCCUUGCCUUACCUCACCAAGUAGCACCCACAAGUCUUCCUACCAGAACAUCCGAGCAGAGUCCACCUUACAAGGAACCAGCCUUGCAGCCAGCCUUGCAGCAACCAGCCACCACCCCUCUGAACAUGCAACAAGAUCAAUAUACCAUGAACCAGCCCAAUACCUACUAUCCGCCACAGGCGCAACCUGAAUAUCAAUACUUGCAGCCAAGGCCCCAGAUGCAGGAUCCUUCAGGGCAGGUACCCCAACAGCAGUCUCAGGUCAUAAACCAGCCCCAACCAAACCAAUUACCGCCUCAAUUCCAGCCACAAUGGACUCCGCAGCCUCCCCAACAUGUUCCUCAACAAAUGGUUCAGCAACAACCCAUUGCUUCACAAGCCCAAAUCAGACCCCCAACUCCGCCAUCCUACCCUCCAUACCUACCAAAUCAACCUGCUGUUCCAAUGCUGCAGACAUUCCCAAGAGGUAGCAAUCCUGUCCAGGUCCCAUAUUCUGCGGCGCCUGCUCCUAGUACUAAUCACCCUGAAGCCAUGCCUUUUGCUUAUAAAGGUUCAGGAAGCUCGGUUUCACAGCCACCACAACAACAGGUACCGCAUAUCCAGAGACAGCCGCAGCCAGAGACCAACCAGAGUUCUUUCCAGCAGACUCUGAACAAGGCUGGCUUUAUGGGUGCUGCACCACCAUAUGCUCCACACAACCUGCAGAAUCCGAGCUAUAAUUCUAUGUUUGGCAUUGAUGGUAGCAGAGGUUCUCAUUCUCAGAUCUUUCCCGCCGGGAAUUAUCCAUCUGCCAACAUGUCUGCGCUACAUAGCCAGCAACUGCCCCCUAGUGGCAGUAAUUUUCAUCAUCCUGGUGCUCAGAUGAUCCGUGGCCACCCUUUCGGAGAGAUGAUCGAGAAAGCUAUUAACAUGGGCUAUUCAAGGGAUCAUGUCAUGAGUGUGAUUCGCAGGAUGGGCGAGACAGGCCAACAGAUCGAUUUCAACGCUUUGCUUGAUGGGUUGAACACUCAUGCUGCUGGAUCUUCAUCCAGAGCCUGGUCAGGGUAGCUCCUUCGACCUUUCUGUUCAUCAGUCUAGUGUCCAUUGGUGCUUCUUUUAGUGAACAGCGCCAGCCCAAUAAUCUCAAUCAGAGAUGCUUUGCUGUUUGUUUAUGUACUGUAAAUAUAAGAUGUUGAAGAUCCCCUAUUACUGAGAGUGAGAUCAUUUUAAUCCAUUUACAGUACUGGAAGAUAAGUUAGGUGUGCUGGUUUGUGUAUGGUUGUUUAUCCUUUUAAGGUAUGCAUAACUUAGCCAUAUGGAGCUUUAUCAACCAAGUAAA